UUUACAAUAAUGGGGUUGGAGAAAUCUUGUAGAAUCACCCCAUAGCGUUAGGCAAGCCCAACAAAACAGGACCCACUAUCUACUUUUACAUGGUUUUGAUUAGGUGACUUUUAGCUACUAAAAAGUUGUAUCCAAACUUCAAAUUCUCAAUACACCAUGCUUUUGAAUCCUCAACUUGGGGCGAAAAAGGGAGAGGAUCUUUGAGUGUUUUAAUCAAACUAACGGGAGAAAAGCCCUCUAACUUUACUUUGCUGACAAAACAUCAUACAAGACAAAAGAAUUAUGUCAAACAGAAGGAGGGAAAGACUUUCCAAUGUUAUUUAUUCUAUGCAUUAACAGUGAUGUUUGUUUGUAGGGUAGAAUUGAUUAUGGUGAGAGGAGAUAAGAGUGUAUGAACAGGGAAGUAAAGAAGGACCAGUACAACCACAACUGCCAGGUUCAGGGGUUCCUUGGAGUAGCAUUAAAGACACUGUUCCAGAUCUUCCCUAACACAUCACCAGCACCAUCCAAAUGACAAUUCUUCAAAAACCAAUGCAACAAAAGGGAAAGGAAACUACUUUUAUAAGAUGAAAGUCGCAUUGAUGUCUUGAUGACUUUUAGUUGGAAGCAAAUAAACAAAUGGCUUGUGGCUCUGAGCAUUUCACCAUGAUCUUCGUCAUCAUAACCCUCUUGGUGCUCCUAUCAUCACAAAGAACCCACAUUUUGACUCUAUUCAAUGCAGUGGGAAGCUUCCAAGCUCACGUCAUUCAAGAGAACAAUGAAAAGCAGAUUGAGAAAAUCUCAGGACUUGAUGAGAAUGAAGAGAAGCAAGCCUUGAUAGUGGAAAAGUUUAGAUCCUUGAUUGGUCUCAAGAGUUUCCACACCAAAGUACCAUCCAAUGGUGAUUUGGAGUUACUCUCUCCCUCACCUUCUCCAUCACCCUUCAUUGAAGAAUCUCAAGCUCCAUCUCCUUCUCCUUCUCCUGUUCCACACGUGCACCCUCAUUAUCAUCCACGGCAUCAUAAGAGUCCACCACUUCACAAAACUCACCAUGAAGAUAGAGGCAGGGCCAAAAGAAUACUAAUAGCGAUUCUUGUGUCAGCGGGGGUUGCUACAUUGAUUGGUGCUUGUGGAUUAUUCUUGGUGUGGAGGAGACUCACAAAUCAAGCAAAGAAACCCAAAAGGACAAUGCCUCUAUGUAGCAGCAAGAGCAAGGAAAAAGGAGGUGCUUAUCAAAGUUCAUCAAGCAAGGUGAGUUUAAACUCAGGACUAGAUCUGUUUUAUCUUAAUGCUUUAGGUGAGGACAUAGAGCAACAUGCUUGCAACUUGAACAAGACUUGCAAGGAAGGCUUAGAAUAUGACAAUGUUAGUGGUUCUUCCACUAAGGAAAUUGCAUCUGUUCAUGAAGAUGUGGAAUCAGUGACAGGUGAAGAUGAAUCUGAUGGAGGCAACUCUUCUUCUGGAGAUAGAAUUGUCCCUGAAGAUUGCCAUUCAUCAGAUAAUGAAAGUUUUCAUUCCUUUGUUGAUUCACACUCAAAUAAUAGACUCUCCAAUGCUUCAGCUGGUAGUAUUACUAUCAGUGACACGCAAUCUCUUACUCAUUCACCAAAUAGUCCAAAACAUGAAGAGAUUGAGAACUCUGUCCAAUGUCCAAAAUCGUUGACUUCCCCUCUUCCACCUCCUCCUCCUCCAUCACCUCCUCCUCCCCCACCUCCACCAUUGCAAAUGCCAUUAUUUUCUUUGCAUUCUCUCACUUCCUUGUCUAGAGUCUCCUCUCAUUCCCCACUUUCUUUGACAUCUAAUAACUUAUCAUCUCCCAUAAAUUCAGAUACUUUCUCAGGUUCAAAUCAAAGUCCAGAUAAAGAGUUGCCUUCUCCACAUGGACCUUACGCUACACAAUCUCCCCCCAAUAUUCCCCCACCACCAUGCCCUCCUCCAUUUCUUAAAGGCAAUAGUCACAGUUCCAAAACCCCACCUCCUCCACCAUCUCAAUUCCCUCAAUUCACCCCACUUGGUAAAGAUGGUGCACCCUUGCCAAAACUCAAACCACUUCACUGGGACAAAGUAAGAGCCGCACCAAAUCGCACAAUGGUUUGGGAUAAGCUACGAUCAAGCUCAUUCGAGUUGGAUGAGGAAAUGAUCGAGUCUCUUUUUGGUUACAAUUUGCAAAAUUCAAUUAAGAACGACGAAACAAAGAGUAAAACCCCAUCUCCAAGCAAACAUGUACUUGAGCCAAAACGCCUGCAGAACAUAACCAUACUCUCGAAAGCUCUGAAUGCGACAGCUGAGCAUGUCUGUGAUGAGGCCUUAAUGCAAGGGAAGGGGUUGUCUUUGCCACAACUAGAGGCACUAGUGAAAAUGGUACCUACCAAGGAGGAAGAGUCCAAACUCAUAAAUUAUAAAGGUGACAUCAAUGAAUUGGGGUCCGCCGAAAGGUUCGUGAGGUCAAUGCUUGAGGUGCCAUUUGCUUUUCAAAGGGUAGAAGGCAUGCUUUUCAGAGAGACAUUUGAUGAUGAAGUAGUCCACCUCAGAAACUCAUUCUCAAUGCUCGAGGAAGCAUGCAAGGAGCUACGAUCAAGCAGGCUCUUCCUGAAGUUGCUAGAAGCAGUGCUGAAAACGGGGAACCGCAUGAACGUUGGAACAAUCAGAGGAGGUGCUAGAGCAUUCAAACUCGACGCCCUUCUCAAGCUUUCAGACGUUAAAGGAACCGAUGGCAAAACCACGUUGCUCCAUUUCGUCGUUCAGGAGAUUGUUCGUGCAGAAGGAAUAAAAGUUUCAGACAGCAUCAUGGGGAAAAUCAGCCAGAGAAGCAAGAACCGAACGGAGGAAGAGAAGGAAGAAGACUACAAGAGAAUGGGACUAGAACUCGUGUCUGGCCUCAGCACCGAGUUAUACAACGUGAAGAAAACAGCCACAAUUGACUUGGACGUACUUGCAAGCUCUGUCUCGAACCUUUCAGAAGGAAUGGCGAAGCUGCAGCGUGUGGUGGAGGAGUUGCAUGGGGAUGAGAGGAGCGUGAACUUUGUGCGCUCCAUGAAGUGGUUCCUGAACUAUGGUGAUGGGAACCUCAAGGAGCUGCGAGGAGAUGAAGAUAGAGUGUUGGCACGUGUGAAAGAGAUUACGGAGUAUUUUCAUGGGGAUGUUGUGAGCAAAGAAGAUGUGAACCCGCUUAGGAUAUUUGUGAUUGUGAGAGAUUUUCUGGGGAUGUUGGAUAAUGUCUGUAAAGAACUUAGGAGGUCUAAAGCUUCACGUAGCCCCAAUCCUCUUGUUAUGCUCCCUUUAGAUAGAUCCUAGAUUUUAGGAUUAAACACUGUCUCGUGUGUUCUGUUCAUACGAUGGAAAUUAUAAACAAAUGAGUGUAACUUUGUUUUGCUUUGCUUUGCUUUGCUUUUUUUUUUUUUUUUUUUUUUGGAUAUUUGGAUUU